AUGUUUGUGUAUGGUCCCGAGCUAGCAAGCCUCCGCUGGACUGAGCUAAGUGGGCGAGGGGAGCGCUGCAGACCCGAGCGAGAAAGGGCAUUUUCUGUUGGGCAGACGAGUUUGCAGAUUUUCUUAUCUGAGUACCAGAUGGUCAAGAAUCCUUGUCACAUAGAAAGACGUUUCAAUCCCAUGUAUAGAAAAGAAGGGGACCUAAUCAUUGCUGGAUUCCUCUCCCUUUUUGUGAAGGUAGAGAUUCAAGUGAACAAAUUAUUCUUCCAAAUAUGUCCCUUCAACAGUUAUGCACAACAAACGUCAAUGUUCAAACAAUAUCACUAUUUCCUUGCUCUUCAGUAUGCUGUUGAUGAGAUCAACAAGAACCCCUAUUUGCUGCCCAACAGAACUUUGGGAUAUCAGUUACUCAAUAACUUCCAUCUGGAGAAACUAGCUGUGGAGAGCUCCUUAAUAUGGCUAUCAGGGAGAGGUCCCAUUAUCCCCAAUUAUAGCUGUGAUAAACAAUCCAAUUCUGUGGCUGUCAUUGGAGGGAUGUCUGCUACACUUUCCAUGGCCAUGGCCACCAUUCUCGAACUGUAUAAAGUUCCACAGAAGAAGUCUAAAAAUGACACUGAACUUGACGAGUGCCUGCAGUGCCCUGAAGAUCAAUAUCCUAAUAGGGAAAGAGAUCGCUGCCUCCCCAGGAUUGUGACCUUCCUGGCCUAUGAGGAACCUCUGGGAAUGACUCUGGCCUGUGCAGCCAUCUGCUUCUCCCUCCUUACUGUGUUGGUCCUGGGGGUCUUUCUGAAGCACAGGGACACCCCCAUAGUCAAAGCCAAUAACCGCAGUCUCAGCUACACUCUGCUGGUCUCCCUCAGCCUCUGCUUCCUCUGCUCCUUGCUCUUCAUCGGCCAUCCUACCACAGCCACCUGCCUGCUGCGACAAACCACAUUUGCAGUUGUCUUCACAGUGGCCGUUUCCUCCAUUUUGGCUAAAACCAUCACUGUGGUUCUGGCCUUCAGGGCCACCAAACCUGGGAGCAGACUCCGGAGCUGGCUGGGAUCCACAGCAUCUUACUCUCUCAUUUUCACCUGCACCCUCAUCCAAAUGUGUCUCUGUGGCAUCUGGCUUGGGACAUACCCUCCCUUCCUGGAGAUGGACAUCCACUCUGAGCCUGGCUCCAUUAUCAUCCAGUGCAAUGAAGGCUCCCUCCUCGUCUUCUACUGUGUCCUGGGCUACAUGGCCUUGCUGGCCUUGGCGAGCUUCACCGUGGCUUUCCUGGCCAGGAACCUGCCGGACACUUUCAACGAAGCCAAGUUCCUGACCUUCAGCAUGCUUGUGUUCUGCAGCGUCUGGAUCUCCUUCCUGCCCUCGUACCAGAGCUCCAAGGGCAAGGCCAUUGUGGCCUUGGAAGUCUUUGCCAUCUUGACCUCCAGUGCUGGGAUUCUCGCUUGCAUCUUUGCUCCCAAGUGCUUUAUGAUCCUUCUAAGAUCAGAACAAAAUACUCAGGGGAUACUUAAAAAGAAACUUACUGCUUGA